AUGACGAAAGAAGAGAGGAGAAUGUCAGAGAUGGUUACCAAGCAACGGAAAUCCAGUGGAAUAUAUCCAACGUUUUCAGGCUUCAAUGAGUUUGUGGGGUAUAGCGACGAGUUACUUUGUAGAAUAUUUCCAGUAACUUUGAAGGGUAAGGCUCUAACCUGGUUCUCUCAUUUAGAGCCUAAUUCGAUCAAGAAUUUUGGAAUGUUAUCGGAUGCAUUUUUUGAACAACACAAAAUUAACCUUGGAAGCAAGAAAGGAAGCGGUUAUUUAUUUCUCCUACAUCGGGAACCUGUGGAGAGUCUUUCAGAUUUUAAUAGGAGAUUCCGUCAAGAAGUCAACGAAGUUGGAAAAGUCAACGAAAGUUUUGUGAUAGAAGCAUACAAAAAUGCUUUGGAUUAUGAUGAGUUUGGAAUCUACAACUCAUUAGCGGUUCAACCAGUCGGGAUCCUCAGAGAACUCUAUGACAGGGCUGAUAGGUAUGCGAAAGCCGAAAAGGAAAAGAAGGAAAAGUUGUCUCGGACAGAGAAAAGGCCUGCAGCUGAGGCACAUGUAAAGCCAAGACAACAGUUUGAUGGUAACACCAAAGGCAAGAACCAUGAAGACCAGUCAAAGAAAGCAAGGAAUGAACAAGAGUCUCAUAAGCCUAAAGAAAAGUUUAACACGAAGCUUCCUGACCUCAUUAUUGGACUUGGGGAGAUGCAUAAGAAGAUAAGGGAUUCACUUACCAAUCCAAAGCCCUUGUCAGCAGAAACAAGGGAUAAAAGGGACAAGAGCAAAUGUUGUGCUUACCACCAAGAUCAUGGGCACGAUACAGAGACUUGUCGUACGCUGGCAACGGAAGUCCAGAAAAUGAUUAAAGAUGGGAAGUUGCAGCAAUAUGUCAAGAAGAAUCCAUCAUAUGUUAACUCAAUGAUCAACACACUUGAUUUGCGAGAAAUCAGAGUACGCCGAGUAUUAGUUGAUACUGGAAGUUCAAUUAGUGUCAUAUUUUCGGGUGCACACUCGUCAAUCAGUCUGAGUGAGAGCCAAGUUGAAGCAGAUGAUAAUCCUAUCAUCGGGUUUAGUGGAGAAACAAUGACACCAACGGGAAGAAUUAACCUACCUACAAUGGUGGGUGGAAGGACAAUUAUGCAAUACUUCUCAUUACUAGAUUGCCGUGCACCCUGCAAUGCUAUCCUAGGACGUGACUGGAUUCAUGCUAUGGAAGUAGUGACAUCCACUGUUCACCAGUGUUUGAAGUUUGUUACUCCAGCAGGGGUGAUGAAAGCUAGAAGCGAUCAGGUGGCAUCUCAUAAGUGCCAUGAGAGUGCAAUGGAAGAAUAUCGGAAGUCCGAACUAAAGGGCUCGGAAAUUCUCCAGGCGGAGAAGAAAUUAUAG